AUGACGGACGUGGUACCGUGGCUAAUGAGUGGGACCAGUAUGGGGAUAGUGUUUCGGACUCGAAGUAUUUUAAUCUUGGGCGGGCAGCUCACGGCGUGGCCAAGCGUCUCUCAAAAAGGUCUCAACAAUGACCACACACAAAAGACAAUCACAGGCCUUCGUGGCCAUACAGAUGAAGCCGAUAUAGCGUGUGACGAAAACCUUACCACUCUGGAAUAUGCAGACGACACCGUUCUCAUCUUCGAAGAGGAGGAGAAGGCGCAAGUAUUCUUGGAUGAACUGACCAAAGUCAUCCCGUCCUUUGGUAUGCACUUUGCACCCACAAAGUGUAAGGUCAUGCUUGUGGACGUGCAGUCACUGAACACGCCACUUACGAUCCAGGGAGAGGCACUGGAAGUUGUGGAGCGUUUUACGUACCUUGGAAGUUGUAUUAGUUCUGAUUGCAGUGUGACAGAUGAGACUUGGUCUAUUCGGGCAGCGGAACUGAGACGUGUUCAGGUGUUCGAUAAUCGUUGUCUCAGGAUCAUAUCUCGUGCGGGUUGGUGCCGGCGUGUCCGUACUGAGGCAUUUAGAAAGCGAAGUCCUUUGGUAUGCACUUUGCACCCACAAAGUGUCAUGCUCCUGGACAUGCAGUCGCUGAACACGCCACUUACAACCCAGGGGGAAGCACUCGAAGUUGUGGAGCGUUUCACAUAUCUUGGAAGUUGUAUUAGUUCCAACUGUAGUGUGACGGAUUAG